CGUCCUUGUAGUCACGGGCCCCGGCUCUUGACUCCUUGACCGACGCCCGGCAUUUCCUCCAAUUCUCGGAACCUCCUGCGGUGAGACACAGACCCCGCACGAUGCCGGGUCUUGCGCGCAAGGUCUUGAUCUUUGCCGCCGUCGACGGCCUCAUCAUCCAGCCCUUGUCUUCCAAAGGACAGAAACCGUUCCAGCCUGCGAGAGUCAAGUAUGGCGAUGCGUCGGUAUCGGCAGCUCGCGACCAGGCCCCGGAUUCGGCAAAGCCCGAUUCGUGGUUUGAAGCGCUCGGCGUCGUUGGAUUGAUUACUGUGUCGCGAUUGACGUAUCUGGUGACGAUUACGCGCCGAGAGCAGGUGGCCCAGGUCUUUGGAUUGCCCAUCUAUGUCGUCACUCAAGUGGCCGUGACGCCGUGCUCGUCGCAGAGUGAAGCCGAGGAAUCGGUGCGCAAGACAGCACGCCUUUUGCGUACGGAGACUUCCAGCAGCGUGAAUAAUGAUGACGAUAGCAGCAGUGAUGAGGACAGCGAGAUGCCACUUUCGACCCCUGACGAGGAAGUCGACGACGACGUUGUCGUCAAGGGUGACGCCCCGUCGGACCCCAAGAGCAGCGUUGCCGAAGACGUGAUUAGGAGACGGGGCAGCUAUGGGAGAUUUGCACAGCGCUGGUUUAGUCGCAGCGGGUGGACGGUCGACCAGAGAAGGACUAUGGGAAUGAGCAACUCGCCAUCAUCCACGCCACCGCUUGUGCCGUCAGCUUCGCAGACCCCAGUGGUUAGUCUCCCCAGCCUACAAGAGGCGGAUGAGAAUCUCUUGGCCCCAGCAUCCACGCUCCUACCGAAGCUGCUUCGAACCAUCCAAGUCCUCUUUGGCUCAUCACGUAGUUUUUACUUUUCCUAUGACGUGGAUAUAACCCGCAGUCCAAGUGACAAUGCGUCGACUGCCAACCCCAACGGGUCCCUCUAUACGCAGGUUAAGAAAACAUUCUUUUGGAACCGGCAUGUUAUUCAACCAUUUAUAGACGCCGGACAGGAUGCAUUGGCUCUACCGUUGAUGCAAGGCUUUGUCGGCCAAAGAACCUUUGUGGCGGAUUCUCAACCUCCCCAGAUAGAUGACCCUGGAGCAGAAUCUAUGGAGCUCAAAGAUCUCUCGCCACCACCGUCUGCCCCGUCCUCGCCGCCUUCAGGCACGGCGAGACAUUCUCUGGAGCUGCGACCUACUGAAAGGAGCUACCUCAUCACUCUCAUAUCACGACGGUCAACUAAGAGGGCUGGGCUGCGAUAUCUCCGACGCGGCAUCGACGAGGACGGCUUUACAGCCAACUUUGUCGAAUCAGAGCAGGUCCUGUCAUCCCCUGCAUGGGAUAACUCUUCCCCAGUGUAUUCGUUUACUCAGAUCAGAGGCAGCAUACCCUUAUUCUUUACCCAGACUGCCUAUGCGCUCAAGCCUGUGCCGGUCUUGCAGCACUCUGAAGAGACAAACUACAACGCCGCCAAGCAGCACUUUGAAAGACUCUCGGCAUCUUACGGUACGGUACAGAUUGUCAAUCUUGUAGAGAAACGUGGAGUUGAGGGGCCCAUUGGAACUCAAUAUCAAAAUACGAUGGCACGCAUCAACGACGGGCUUGAUGACAAGGCAAAGAUACCCUUUGAGUGGUUUGAUUUUCACCACGCCUGUCGAGGCAUGAAGUUCGAAAACGUCAGCCAUCUUUUGUCCACCUUGAAAGAUCAAUUAGAGACGCUCGGCAGCACGGUGAAGGAUAAUGGUCAAUUGGUCCGUAAGCAGCAAGGUGUCGUUCGGACAAAUUGUAUGGACUGCCUCGACCGAACAAAUGUCUGCCAGAGCUCUUUUGCAAAGCAUAUGCUAGACUUGCAGUUGAAAGAAGAGGGCAUAGACAUGAGUGCUCAGAUAGACCAAGAGACGGCCUGGUUUAAUACUCUCUGGGCUGAUAACGGCGAUGCCGUUUCAAAGCAGUAUGCCUCUACCUCCGCUAUGAAAGGUGACUAUACGAGGACAAGAAAGAGGGAUUACAGGGGGGCACUAAAUGAUCUCGGCAUAUCCCUAACACGUCUCUAUACAGGCAUGGUCAAUGAUUACUUCAGCCAAGCUGCCAUAGAUUUCCUGCUUGGAAAUGUCACGGCCAAAGUAUUUGAAGAAUUCGAGAUGGAUAUGAUGACCAAAGACCCUGCUGUUUCAGUAGAAAAAAUGCGGGAGCGUGCUGUGGAGUUGUGCCAGAAGCGAGUUGUGGCAGACGUUAGUGAAGAAUUCCAUGGCGGCUGGGUUUUAAUCAGUCCCAAUGCCGCCAACGUGCUCAAGUCGUGGCCAAUGGAAGAGACUGUCCUUCUCCUGACCGAUGCUGCGCUGUACUUUUGCCGCUUUGACUGGGAUAUGGACAAGGUGUCGUCCUUUGAAAGAGUUACCCUUGCGAGCAUUACGAACAUCAAAAUUGGCGCUUACAUCACCUCCACCAUCUCACAGACGCACAUGAACGAGGCCAGGAACGUGGGUUUCGUGGUGUCGUAUCAACCGGGCAAAAGCGACGUCCGGAGGAGGAACACUCGUACACUCUCCACCAAAGACGCGCCCAAGUUCACGGCUACUGGCGAGCCUCAGCCCGCGCCUGCUGGCUUCGCGGGCCUUUUCUCCGGAGCAAACGGCCCCAAGGAGCCUGCCAUUCGCAAGCUCGCAUUCAAGGCGCCAUACGCCGAUUCUUCAAUGCCUGCCAGCGGUGCGGGGCCACGGCAGACUGAGAUGCAGAAGAUCGACACAAUAUGCUCUGAGAUUGAGCGCCUUGCUUUCGAACGGCAGGUUGUCAAGGAAGGGGGAGAGAGAAAGAAGCUGGUGGAAAAGGGCGACAUUAUUUCGCUGGACACGGCGAGACGCAGCACCGGGUUACUGGAGCAGCUGGGCCACUCGCUGAAGAAGCUGGUGUGGGCAUAGAUACCUAGUAGAUAUCCCUAAAGACCGGACAUGGCUUUUUUAUACAUAGCAACUCAAGGGCAGCUUUAUCGACUAUAGUUUUUUCUUCUUCUUCCAAAUACCCUCGCCUAAUAGACUUUCAUUUAGUUGGAGUCGUAUUCCUCCUCUGGUAUAGAUGCAUCUGGUAACGCAUGUUUUCUAGCUGGAUCGGGUAAGAGAGGCCCUCGGGUAGGCGGAACCAGAUCGAAUCGUGAGACUCAAUCUUUUCCCACUCGUAGCCCGGAGAUGGCGCCCGAGGGUCAAUAAGGGUGUGGUCCAGCAGCCACUGCAUGGGGUACCGCUUCUGUUCUUUGCCCACGGCGGCUUCCGAGUAGCUGCCCGGGCUGUCCACGACGAGGAGCAUGCUCCUGUCCGGCAUCACCUCGCCGAGCAGUUUUAGGAAUUUUGUUGUUUUGCCGAUGCCUCCAUUGGUGUAGAGCUCGUUCAACGUAAACAUUAACGUCACGGUAAGAGGUUCCUGACCAAGCAACUCGCUUAGGGCCUCUUUGCUCAAAGUCAGGACGUCGCCUUGCGAGAAUGUCGUCUCGAGCUGGCCCGGCUCGAGGAGAGGCGUGUUUGCAGCUCUGACGGCCGCGGAGGCGUAUUUAGAUAGGAGCGGCGGUGAAGUGAUGCGGUCUUGGAGGAGGGAGGCGAAGGCGAUGUGUUCGGCCGCACAGCCGCCGAUACAGAGCAUCUUGAUUGCAUUGCGGGGUUUUGAGGCUGGAGUUUCAAUGCUGGCUGAUUCUGGGCUGAUUUCGUUGUCAUCAUUGUCAUUGGCGGGAGGAAGAGACGUGAGGGCCGUCUCGUCAAUGUGGUGGGCGAUGGUUUGGAAGAUGGACGAGUAGCAGAGGGCUCUGGUGGGACUCCAUCUUGCCGCAUAGGCCUGAAGAUUCUCCUCGGGUCCAAAGGCGGCGUCAAAGUCUCUGUUGAAGAGGGCCUGUUUUAUGGAUUGGAGGCGGGUUGUGAAGUCAUCGGAUGAGAGGACGGGGCCAAAGGCAUCGGAGAAGAGUGUGAGGAUGCGUUGCUGGCGGUUGAGAGAUUGGGGGUCGACGGGUGGGACGGGAGUAGUGUUUGAUGCUGGUUUCUCUUUUUUGGAAGGAUUCUUUUUAGGAGCUUGUUUUUUGACCAUUGUUUUAUUGGGUGUCGUUGUUAUGGUGGGCUAUUUGGUCGAGUGA